UGUCUAUAAAUUGCAAUGACAUGAGCCUCGAUCCUCGGUCCAACAAGUUUGAUAACUUAUACUAAAACAAAUCAUCCAACAUGCAAAGUAAAUUGGAAUCAGAUUUGAAGGAAUUGAGGGAAACUUUCCAUUCCGGGAAAACAAAGGAAUCAUCAUGGAGGAUUUCACAACUCCAAGGAUUACUCCAUAUCCUUGAAGAUAGAGAAAACGAUUUUUUCAUGGCUCUUAAACAAGAUCUAGGCAAACAUCAUGUCGAAGCGUAUAGAGAUGAGAUUGGAACAGUGGUGAAAUCUAUAAAUUAUGCUUUGGGAAACUUGAAGCAAUGGAUGGCUGGCAAAAAGGCGAGAUUGCCCUUGGCUGCAUUCCCAAGCAAAGCAGAGUUGGUUCCGGAGCCUCUCGGUGUUGUUCUCAUCAUCUCAUCUUGGAACUUCCCGAUUGGGUUAUCGUUAGAACCAAUGAUCGGGGCAUUAGCUGCAGGAAACACAGUAAUUCUAAAGCCGUCAGAAUUAGCUCCUAUGUGCUCUUCGAUUCUUGCUGAAACAAUCCAUGAUUAUCUUGACUCUACCGCGGUUAAAGUUAUUGAAGGUGGAUCGGAUAUUGGUGAAAAACUCCUUCAACAAAAAUUUGCCAAGAUUUUCUUCACUGGGAGUACACGAGUGGGUAGACUUGUGAUGUUAGCCGCUGCACAACAUUUAACUCCUGUGACUUUAGAGUUGGGUGGAAAAUGCCCGGCUUUGAUUGAUUCAUUUUCCAGCUCUCGGGACACUAAGAUGGCUACAAAAAGAAUCGUUUGGGGGAAGUUCGGAGCGAGUGCCGGGCAAGCUUGUAUCGGCAUUGAUUAUAUCCUUGUCGAGAAAAAGAAUUUGUCAAAUUUGGUGGAAUUAUUGAAAAAAUAUAUCAAGCAAUGUUUUGGAGAUGAUCCAAAUGGAUCUAAUAGCAUGUCUAAGAUAAUUAACAAGAGGCAUUUUUCAAGAUUGAAGAGUCUCUUAGAUGAACACAUGGUCAAAUCUUCGGUUGUUUAUGGUGGUUUGUUUGAUGAAGAGAACUUGUUCAUUGAGCCGACAAUAUUGGUCGAUCCCCCACUUGAUGCUGCAAUUAUGACCGAAGAAAUUUUUGGUCCUUUACUUCCAAUUAUUACAUUGGAGAAAAUUGAAGACAGUAUUGACUUCAUAAGAUCAAGGCCAAGCCCGCUUGCUCUAUAUGCCUUUACAAAAGACAAUAAUUUCCAAAAGAGAUUGGUUUCCGAGACAUCAUCCGGAAGCCUUACGUUCAAUGAUGUCAUCCUUCACUAUGUGGUGGAUACAUUGCCGUUUGGUGGAACAGGAGGGAGUGGGUUCGGAAGAUACCAUGGAAAAUACUCGUUUGAUAAUUUUAGUCAUGAGAAGGUGGUGUUGACAAGGAGCUUCUUUAUAGAUAUAUGGUUUAGAUAUCCGCCAUGGAAUGAUACAAAGUUACAACUGAUUAAGUCCGGGUUAAGAUUUGAUUAUCUUGCAAUUGUGUUGAUUGCAUUAGGUUUGAAAAGGAAGGCUUGAGGAUUUACUUUUAGUUCUUUUGUUUUUUGUUUUUUUUAUUUAAAUGGAGCUAUUUAUAUGCAUUAUGUAAGAGUUGAAAAAGAUGGUUUGAUCUCUUUUUCUUAUCAAGUCCUUGGAGUAUGAUGUGUGAAUUCUGAUGUGAUAUUAUGAUCUUCAAUUGCUGUUUUUAAUAUACCAAAAGUGUAUUUAUUUAA